AUGCGUCCGGAAGUUGAACAAGAGCUCGCCCACACUUUGUUGGUGGAGCUACUUGCCUACCAGUUCGCCUCUCCCGUUCGAUGGAUCGAAACCCAGGAUGUGAUCCUCGCCGAACAGCGCACCGAGCGCAUUGUUGAAAUCGGUCCUGCAGAUACUCUUGGAGGAAUGGCACGACGGACACUAGCCUCCAAGUAUGAGGCUUAUGAUGCCGCUACUUCAGUUCAGCGCCAGAUUCUCUGCUAUAAUAAGGACGCCAAGGAAAUCUACUACGAUGUUGACCCCGUGGAGGACGAGCCCGAGCCCACCCCGGAGGUCACUUCCUCCCCUGCAUCAGCACCGGCUGCUGCCCCUGCAGCUGGAGCCCCUCCCCCCCACCUCCGAGUGCAGGCCCCGCUGCCGCAGUGGAAGAUGCUCCCGUCACAGCAGUCGAUAUACUGCUUAAAGAAAGGCCUCGCAGAUGUGCCAUUGUCAAAAGCCAUUAAGGAUCUUGUUGGAGGCAAGUCCACAUUACAGAAUGAAAUCCUUGGUGAUCUGGGUAAGGAGUUCGGCUCCACGCCAGAGAAACCCGAGGAUGUCCCGCUUGACGAGCUUGGUGCCUCCAUGCAGGCCACUUUCAACGGCCAAUUGGGAAAGCAGUCCUCUUCCCUCAUCGCCAGAAUGGUCUCUUCUAAGAUGCCUGGUGGCUUCAACAUCACCUCUGUUAGAAAAUAUUUGGAAACUCGGUGGGGUUUGGGAUCUGGCCGCCAGGACGGUGUGCUCCUCCUUGCCCUCACUAUGGAACCGGCUGCCCGUCUGGGAGCGGAAGCCGAUGCCAAGGUUUACCUUGACGACGUUGCCAACAAGUAUGCUGCCAGCGCCGGAGUCAACCUUUCGGCUCCCGUUGCUGGUGGUGAUAGCGGCGGUGGCGGCGGUGGUAUGGUGAUGGACCCUGCUGCCAUCGAUGCCCUGACCAAGGAUCAACGCGCUCUGUUCAAGCAGCAGCUCGAGAUUAUUGCCCGCUACCUCAAGAUGGAUCUUCGUGGUGGCGAGAAGGCCUAUGUCACCUCCCAGGAGACUCAAAAGGCGCUGCAGGCUCAGCUGGACUUAUGGCAGGUAGAGCACGGUGACUUCUACGCCUCGGGCAUUGAGCCCUCAUUCGACCAGCUGAAGGCCCGUGUUUACGACUCCUCGUGGAACUGGGCUCGUCAAGAUGCCUUGAGCAUGUACUACGAUAUUAUCUUUGGCCGCCUCCAGGUUGUGGACCGCGAAAUUGUCAGCCAGUGUAUCCGCAUCAUGAACCGCUCCAACCCCCUCCUUCUCGAUUUCAUGCAGUACCACAUCGACAACUGCCCCGCUGACCGUGGCGAGACCUACCAGCUGGCUAAGGAACUCGGCCAGCAGCUCAUUGAGAACUGCCGUGAAGUUCUCGAAGUUGCCCCUGUUUACAAAGACGUUGCUGUCCCCACUGGUCCUCAAACCACCAUUGAUGCCCGUGGCAACAUUAGCUACAAGGAGACUCCUCGGACCAGCGCCCGCAAGCUCGAGCACUACGUCAAGCACAUGGCCGAUGGAGGCCCUAUUUCCGAGUACAGCAACCGAACCAAGGUCCAGAACGACCUCAAGAAUGUGUACAAGCUUAUCCGCAAGCAGCAUCGCCUCUCCAAAUCGUCGCAGAUCCAGUUUGAUACUUUGUACAAGGAUGUUGUGCACGCCCUUGGCAUGAAUGAGAGCCAGAUUUUACCCCAGGAGAACGGCCACGCCAAGAAGGGUGGCCGUAACGGCCCCAAGCACACUCCCGCUCGCCCCGGCAAGGUUGAGACUAUUCCCUUCCUUCACUUGAAGAAGAAGACCGACCACGGCUGGGACUACAACAAGAAGCUCACUGGCAUCUAUUUGAAUGUAAUGGAGUCCGCCGCCAAGAACGGUCUCAGCUUCCAGGGCAAGAACGUUCUCAUGACUGGCGCAGGUGCCGGCUCCAUUGGUGCCGAGGUCUUGCAGGGCCUGAUCAGUGGUGGUGCCAAGGUAAUUGUCACUACCAGUCGCUUCUCGCGUGAGGUCACCGAAUACUACCAGGCCAUGUACGCCCGCUACGGUGCUCGUGGCUCCCAGCUGGUUGUCGUGCCCUUCAACCAGGGUAGCAAGCAGGAUGUUGAGGCUUUGAUUGAAUACAUCUACGACGCCAAGAAGGGUCUUGGCUGGGAUCUAGACUUUGUCGUUCCUUUUGCCGCCAUUCCCGAGAACGGCCGGGAGAUCGACUCUAUUGACUCCAAGUCGGAACUGGCUCACCGUAUCAUGCUGACCAACCUGCUCCGUCUUCUGGGUUCUAUCAAGACCCACAAGCAGGCCCAUGGCUUCGAGACCCGCCCCGCUCAGGUCAUCCUGCCCUUGUCCCCUAACCACGGUACUUUCGGUAAUGACGGCUUGUACUCCGAGUCCAAGCUUGCUCUGGAGACUCUCUUCAACCGCUGGUACUCCGAGAAUUGGAGCCACUACCUCACUAUCUGUGGUGCCGUCAUUGGCUGGACCCGUGGCACUGGUCUCAUGGGUGGCAAUAACAUGGUUGCCGAAGGUGUCGAGAAGCUGGGUGUCCGCACCUUCUCCCAGCAGGAGAUGGCUUUCAACCUUCUUGGUCUGAUGUCUCCUGCCAUUGUCAACCUUUGUCAGCUCGAUCCCGUCUUCGCCGAUCUCAACGGUGGUCUUCAAUUCAUCCCCGAUCUCAAGGGCUUGAUGACCAAGCUUCGCACCGACAUCAUGGAAACCAGCGAUGUCCGCCAGGCUGUCAUCAAGGAGACUGCCAUCGAGCACAAGGUUGUCAACGGCGAGGACAGCGGUGUGUUGUACAAGAAGGUCGUCGCAGAGCCCCGUGCCAACAUUAAGUUCGAGUUCCCCAACCUACCUGACUGGGAGAAGGAAGUCAAGCCUCUCAACGAGUCUCUCAAGGGCAUGGUUAACCUGGACAAGGUUGUGGUUGUCACCGGUUUCUCUGAGGUGGGUCCUUGGGGUAACUCUCGCACCCGCUGGGAGAUGGAGUCCAAGGGCAAGUUCUCCCUGGAGGGCUGCGUCGAGAUGGCCUGGAUCAUGGGUCUAAUCAAGCACCACAACGGUCCCCUCAAGGGCAAGGCCUACUCCGGCUGGGUUGAUGCCAAGACUGGCGAUCCUGUCGACGAUAAGGAUGUCAAGCCCAAAUAUGAGAAGCACAUCCUGGAACACACUGGUAUUCGUCUCAUCGAGCCCGAGCUCUUCAAGGGUUAUGACCCCAAGAAGAAGCAGCUUCUCCAGGAGAUCGUCAUCCAGGAGGACCUCGAGCCCUUCGAGUCUUCCAAGGAGACUGCCGAGGAAUUCAAGCGUGAGCACGGAGACAAGGUCGAGAUCUUCGAGAUCCCCGAGUCUGGCGAGUAUACCGUUCGCCUUCGCAAGGGCGCCACUAUGCUCAUCCCCAAGGCGCUUCAAUUCGAUCGCCUUGUCGCUGGUCAGGUCCCCACUGGCUGGGACGCUAGCCGCUAUGGUAUCCCCGAUGAUAUCAUCGAGCAGGUCGAUCCUGUCACUCUCUUUGUUUUGGUCUGCACUGCUGAGGCUAUGCUAUCCGCUGGUAUCACCGACCCCUACGAGUUCUACAAGUAUGUCCACCUUUCCGAGGUUGGUAACUGUAUAGGUUCCGGUAUUGGUGGUACCCACGCUCUGCGUGGCAUGUACAAGGACCGCUUCUUAGAUAAGCCCCUGCAGAAGGAUAUCUUGCAGGAGUCUUUCAUCAACACCAUGAGUGCUUGGGUCAACAUGUUGCUCCUUUCUUCCACUGGUCCUAUCAAGACCCCCGUCGGUGCUUGUGCCACAGCUGUCGAGUCUGUUGACAUCGGUUACGAGACCAUUGUCGAGGGCAAGGCCCGUGUUUGCUUUGUCGGUGGUUUCGAUGACUUCCAGGAGGAGGGCUCUUACGAGUUCGCCAACAUGAAGGCCACCAGCAAUGCUGAAGAUGAGUUCGCCCACGGUCGUACCCCUCAGGAGAUGUCUCGCCCCACUACUACCACCCGUGCUGGCUUCAUGGAGUCCCAGGGUUGCGGUAUGCAACUGAUCAUGACUGCUCAGCUUGCUCUCGACAUGGGUGUCCCCAUCCACGGUAUCAUUGCCCUGACCACCACCGCCACUGACAAGAUCGGACGCUCCGUUCCUGCUCCCGGCCAAGGUGUCCUGACCACCGCCCGUGAGAAUCCCGGCAAGUUCCCAUCCCCUCUUCUGGAUAUCAAGUACCGCCGCCGUCAAUUGGAUCUUCGUAAGAAGCAGAUCAAAGAGUGGCAAGAAUCCGAACUGCUCUACCUCCAGGAGGAGGCCGACGCCAUGAAGGCUCAGAGCGAUGAGACCUUCAACGAGGCCGAGUACUUGCAGGAGCGUGCUCAACACAUCGAGCGUGAGGCCAUCCGCCAGGAGAAAGAUGCUCAGUAUAGCCUGGGCAACAACUUCUGGAAGCAGGACUCUCGCAUUGCUCCCCUCCGUGGUGCUCUGGCCACUUGGGGUCUUACUGUCGAUGACAUCGAUGUUGCUUCUUUCCACGGUACCUCGACUGUCGCCAACGACAAGAACGAGUCCGAUGUCAUUUGCCAGCAGAUGAAGCACCUUGGACGUACCAAGGGUAACGCAUUGAUGGGAAUUUUCCAGAAGUACCUCACUGGUCACCCCAAGGGUGCUGCCGGUGCUUGGAUGUUCAACGGCUGCUUGCAGGUCUUGGACAGUGGUCUCGUUCCAGGCAACCGUAACGCCGACAACGUUGACAAGGUUAUGGAGAAGUUCGACUACAUCGUCUACCCCAGCCGCAGCAUCCAGACCGAUGGUGUCAAGGCAUUCUCCGUCACGUCCUUCGGUUUCGGUCAGAAGGGUGCUCAGGUCAUUGGUAUCCACCCCAAGUACCUGUACGCCACUCUUGACCAGGCUCAAUACCAGGCCUACAAAACCAAGGUCGAAGCUCGCCAGAAGAAGGCCUACCGUUACUUCCACAACGGCCUGAUCAACAACAGCAUCUUCGUUGCCAAGAACAAGGCUCCUUACGAGGAUGACCUCCAGAGCAAGAUCUUCCUGAACCCCGACUACCGUGUGGCUCUCGACAAGAAGACCUCUGAGCUCAAGUACUCCUCCGCUUCCCCCGAAACUAAGAAGUCCGAGGCCACUCGUCAGACCGUUGAGUCCCUCGCCAAGGCCAACGCCGCCGAGAACUCCAAAAUCGGUGUUGACGUCGAGCACAUCGAUUCCGUCAACAUUGAGAACGAGACUUUUGUCGAGCGCAACUUCACUCAGAGUGAACAGGACUACUGUCGCAAGGCUCCCUCCCCCCAGUCCUCGUUCGCAGGCCGAUGGAGCGCCAAGGAGGCUGUCUUCAAGUCUCUCGGCGUCAGCAGCAAGGGUGCCGGUGCCGCUUUGAAGGAUAUUGAAAUUGGAGUUGAUGCCAACGGCGCUCCCACUGUAAAACUCCAUGGUGCGGCCGCUACCGCCGCUAAAGAUGCCGGCGUCAAGCAGGUCAGCGUCAGCAUCAGCCACAGCGACUCGCAAGCUGUUGCCGUUGCUGUGUCGCAGUUCUAA